GCGUAAAGCUAAACCCUGACACUGCUGUCUUACAUGGGUCUCCUCAUUUUUAUUCAAUCUAAGCUCUAUUUAUUAAAUCUAGAGGCUGAAAACAGUUUUAAAGAAGCUGUUUUAUAGCCGCUUUUCGGCAGACUGGCAUUAGAGGAAACAACGUGCUUUGAAUACAGAGCAGACUUUCUCUCGUACCGCCCGGACGCGAGUCAAAGCCACAAAAAGACAGAAAUUACUCAUUAAAUUAAAGGCUUCGGCUUACUGGCUUUUUUUGAGGACCUCAGCAUUUGGGCUAUUCAAGAAGAAGAAAAAGAGCGUUUACCUUCUGUGGGAGAGGGAAAAAUAAAAUAAAACACAUUCAAGGAGAGCAGCUGAUGAGAUAUCUGUCGCUUUGAGAUGCUUUAGUGAUUUUAACCAGACUCAUGGCUUCACUUUACCAGAGAUUCUCGGGGAAGAUUAAUACCAACACAUCUUUUCCCCAUCCACCUGAAGCCAGCCAUCUCCUGGGUGGACAGGUUCCUGAGGACGAGAAUAAGGCUGGGAAGAGUCCUCAUCAUCCCGCAUCCCGACCUCCGGUCCAGAACCGCAAGAGAGACGCCUGCGAGGAUGAAGACGAGCUGGUGGGGAGUAGUCCUUCUCAGAGGAACUGGAAGGGAAUCGCCAUCGCUCUGCUAGUCAUCCUGGUCAUCUGCUCUCUGAUCGUCACCUCCGUCAUUCUGCUCACACCAAGUGAGGAUGACAGUCUGGCUUCCAAAAAGAAAGUUACCAUUGAGAAUCUCUUCAAUGGAAAGCUCCAGGCCCACGACCCUGAGGCAACAUGGCUUAGCGACUCUGAGCUGCUGUACCAUAAUCAAACAGGUGAUGUGGUUAAACUUAACGUGCUGACCAACACUACAGAGGUUCUGGUGCACCACAAAAUGUUCGAGAGUUUCCGCAACCAGGGACCCUACAAACCCACCAAAUACCAAGUGUCUCCUGAUCUAAAGUAUGUGCUGUUGGCCUACAAUAUAGUGCCGCUCUAUCAGUACUCCUUCAUGGCCUAUUACAUCAUCUGCAGCCUUGAAACUCUAGAGAAAAUGGACCUGACCCCUAAUGAAGUACAGAACACUCCAAUGCAGUAUGCUGGAUGGGGCCCAAAAGGACAACAACUGAUUUUCAUCUUUGAGAAUAACAUCUACUACAAAGCGCGAGUGAACAGUCCAUCAAUCCGCCUGGUUUCCACGGGCAGUCAGGGGGUCAUAUUUAAUGGACUGGCUGACUGGCUCUAUGAAGAGGAGAUCUUCCAGAGUCAUAUCGCCCACUGGUGGUCACCGGAUGGUCUCAGACUGGCAUAUGCCACCAUCAAUGAUACCCAGGUGCCCAAGAUGGAGAUACCCAUGUUCACAGGCACACCGUAUCCCACUGGACAGGAGUACCGCUAUCCUAAAGCUGGAGAGGAGAACCCUGAUAUUUACCUGUCAGUGGUGAGUCUAAAUGGCCCUUUACACACAGUGAGGAUGAGAAAACCAGAGGAUCCCAGAAUAAGGAAGGAGUACUAUAUCACCAUGGUGAAAUGGGCAACCAGCACCAAGCUUGCAGUAAACUGGCUGAACCGAGGCCAGAACAACUCCAUCCUCACCUUGUGUGAAGCCACCACAGGCAUCUGCACCAAGAAACAUGAGGAUGAGAGUGAAAGCUGGCUGCACAGACAGAACGAGCCCCCGCUGUUCUCCAAAGACGGUCUGAGGUUCUUCUUCACGAGAGCAAUUCCACAAGGGGGCAGAGGGAAGUUCUUCCACAUAUCCAUGUCAACUUCUCAGCCCAAUAGCAGCACAGACACGCUGCAGUCCCUGACGUCAGGAGACUGGGAUGUGACACAGAUCUUGGCUUUCAAUGAAGAUACCAAACUUGUCUACUUUCUGAGUACAGAAGACAAUGCAACAUGCCGACAUCUCUACAGAGCCGAAACCACAGGCUCCUUCAACCGACGCUGUCUUUCCUGUGAAUUCAACUGCGGUUACGUCAGUGGAUCAUUCAGUCCAGAUGCUAACUACUUCCUUCUCAACUGCAAAGGCCCCAGUGUACCGUACUCAGCAGUGUACAGCAUAACAGACGGGCAGUAUCACAAGCUGCUGGAUGUGGAGACUAAUGAAGAGUUGAACAUCACAGUGAACAACACAUUGAUGCCCAAAGUAGAGUACAAGAAGAUCAGCAUAGAUGAUUACAGUCUGAACAUACAGAUUCUACGGCCAGCAGGAUUUUUAGAGACAGCUCAGUACCCAUUACUGCUGCUGGUGGAUGGUACCCCUGGUGGACAGGUGGUGACUGAGCAGUUUCACAUGGACUGGACCACAGUGCUGGUCAGCUCCUUUAACACUAUCGUCAUGCGUUUGGAUGGCCGUGGCAGUGGCUUUCAGGGCAUAAACCUCCUCCAACGAGUAAAGAAGAAACUGGGAGAGUUUGAGGAGAGAGACCAGCUGGAAGCGCUAAGAAUUAUAUCACAGCUGCCUUACAUUGAUGUCUCAAGAAUUGGAGUUUAUGGAAAGGCAUAUGGAGGAUAUUUGGCCACCCGACUGUUACGCUCUGAUGAACCUCCAAACAUGUUUAAAUUCAAAAUCAAGUGUGGUGCAGCCGUCUCCCCUAUUACCGAUUUCACCUUAUAUGCUUCUGCAUUUUCUGAACGAUAUUUAGGACCACUGCAGUCCAAUAAGAGAGAAUACGAGAUGGCACGUUUAUCAGACCACAUAGAGCAACUGAGGGACAAGAAACUUCUGAUAAUUCAUCCAACGGCCGAUGAGAAAGUCCAUUUUCAGCACACGGCCAAAUUUAUCAACCACUUGAUAAAUGAAAAGGCUAAUUAUACAUUACAGAUCUACCCAGAUGAAGGUCACAUCCUUCACUCCAAAGACUCAAAGCAGCAUCUGAGUCAGUCGCUGGUCAACUUCUUCGUAGAGUGUUUCAGACCACCGGAGAUACUGAUUGAAGAGAAAGUGGAGCAGGACAACGAGGAUGACGGUUAAAUUCAUAUGCUUAUAUUCCGGCACAAGCCAGCUUACAGCCCAAUAUGCAAACUCCUCCCCUCCAUUAUACCCUCCUCCAUUCCGCUGUUAGUUUUGAAGGGUUCUGCUGAGCCUCUGCAUGGACCACGCCCCUCAACUGUGAUUGGCUCCAGAUAAGAGUCUGAAUGACUUGGUGGUAAAAUGUGGAUGUUAAACCAUCUUAUAUUCAACAAACACUCAAGCAGUGUGAGAAAACGACUGGUGUGGUUUGGUCACCCUAUUGAGCUCUUUGGCUUGUUCUUUGUAAGUCAUGCACAGCUGAUGGAAAGCUUUAAGAGAGGAUGACAGCACAAUACACGAUCAAGAAUAAGUAUUGGCAGGAAAAGCUGCAAAACACCCUGUUGUAUCCUUCUGUUGAGUUUAAUCACUUUACUACUCAGUUUAGGGCCUUUAUUUGUGUGUAAAUGUAUUUGUAAAUCCAUUUGUUUUGUCUUUAGUAUCAAACUUAUUGGGCCUCAUUAAUUAAACAAAUGUAGGUGUAAAUUAUAUAACUAUUGGGCCUCAUUCAUUAAACAGGUGAAGAACUAAUUUUAAUGCAAUUUUUCUUAAAGGCAUUCUUACGUAAAUUCUCGCACUUGAAGUGAAAAUCAUUGGAGCGCAAUUUUGCAUAUUGUUUAUAAAACCCGUUUUAUGCAAGAACAGAUAUCAUUGGUGGUGGGGUUAACGUUGUGUGUUCUUCAUUUUUGGAUAGGCCCAAUCUGAAGUGGAUCGUCUUGAUUUAUCUUUUCUUUUUGACUUGAGUGUAACUGGAAAUGGUUUUUUAGUCACUGUGCCUUAUUGGAGUAAACCUGCUUAAGCCAGGCAGUCCAUGAGGUAGGACGAAUAUUUUAUGGCCAUGUAAGAAAAUAUGUUUAAAAAUAAAAUCAUAUUAAAGCAGAAAAGUUAUCAGCAAAUAGACCAACCAUGUCACUAUCCUGCCAAGAACAUUUCCUUUACAGACCUGUGAUUAAGUUGUGAAGUAAUAGUUCUGUACUAAGUUUAGGACUACUAUAGCUUCUUUGGUCAGGCGUAUGUUGUUUUUCGGUCAAAAUGGCUGAUGUUUAAACAUAUUGCAUAGAAUAUAUAUUUUUUGCAUUAUAAUUUGACAUGGUGGUAAGAUGGUCUCAUUUUCACUUAGUUUAAAAGUAUCUACGUGUUGUUACUUUUGACAACUUGAAUGUACCCAUGUUGUUCCACUGAAUUUAUUGUUGUGAAAUCCUGUCUUGUAAACAGAUGCACUGAUGUGUAAAUUACAACUGUUUUGGUCUCUACUUGUGUGUACCUUGUACAUAAAGCAUUU